UUAGCUGCCCCGUUAGAUACCCGUUUGCAAAGCGGGCAGCUACUGCACCUCAUCCCGGUCCGGGGACCUCGAUCCCCACAGACAUUGCAUAAUCAAACUAUAUCUAUCCUGAGGGAAUCAAUCACCUCAGGAGCCCUCGGAGCCCUCUUCUAUGCUGCUUCUUGCGAAUCGCUUCCAAUCCUGAGAAACCGAAGAGAAGGGAAGACUGAGACCGAGAGAGAUCAACUCUGUCCCCUCCACAGCCCCUACUUUCUCCAAAUUCUCAGUUCGUCCCCGAACUCUCAAAAUUCUUUUGAAGCAGACCCUCUCCUUUUAGAACCAGAGGGCUCUGCUUUGAGAUCUUAAAUCUCCAUCCCACUCGAAGGGCCAAAACUAAACCGAACGAGACCGAAUUAAAUCACUUGUGAUCUGUUCUCAAUUUGCUUGCUCUGAGAGUGAGUCUCUCGAGAUGGGUAUAUUGUUUACGAAAAUGUUCUCGUCCCUCUUUGGCAACAGAGAAGCUCGGAUCCUCGUCCUCGGCCUCGACAAUGCCGGAAAGACCACAAUCCUCUAUCGGCUUCAGAUGGGGGAGGUUGUGUCUACGAUUCCAACAAUUGGAUUUAAUGUCGAAACGGUGCAGUAUAAUAACAUCAAAUUCCAAGUAUGGGAUCUGGGUGGACAAACAAGUAUCAGGCCAUAUUGGAGAUGCUAUUUUCCAAAUACGCAAGCCAUAAUUUAUGUCGUUGAUUCAAGUGACACGGACAGACUGGUCAUCGCCAAAGAGGAGUUUCAUGCAAUCUUGGAGGAAGAAGAAUUAAGAGGGGCUGUUGUCCUCAUUUUUGCAAACAAGCAGGAUCUUCCAGGUGCACUUGAUGAUGCUGCUGUUACUGAGGCUUUGGAGUUGCACAAGAUAAAAAACCGUCAAUGGGCUAUUUUCAAAACUUCUGCUAUAAAGGGAGAAGGCCUCUUUGAGGGAUUGGACUGGUUGAGUAACACACUCAAGUCUGGAGGUGCCUAACUCUUUCAGUUCCGGUAAACAACAGAAGCAUGGCCUGAUGAGCAGAACCAAGAAGGGGCGUCACCACUUAAUGAUUAGUCAUAGAGAUUUUAUUCAUGUCACAUGGACUUUUCUGAUUAAUAUACAUGUAAAAUUUGUCAUCAUAGAUAUCACCAUUUGGCUGUGUUUUUUUGCUGUGUCACUUUUCUUUAUUUUCUUUGUUAAUUGCUUACAUUUUGUUUUCA